AGACAUCUUCUGACCGUUGUUGAGGGAUGACUAGGACUACUUAUCUUCCUCUCUAGAAGUCUGUGAGGAAUCAUCAUCCUGUUGAAACUACUCGAAAACACUCUAAAGGUCCAACUGCUUCAAUAUGCCUCUAUGCACUUUGCUAGAGCCCAAUCCUCUCCCCGCAGUAACAUAGCUUUCCAGCCCUUCGCUGGUGGCUAAUUGGCAUGAUCGACUCGACCACUGGAAUUUCAAGACCGAAGACCCACAUGCGAUAGCAGUCAGUUCGUCCACUCAAGUCAUAAUGCCUCAGUUUUCGAUUUGCUUGCUCUUCUCAUCCUGGUCGGUGGAUUGCAGGACUGCUUCCAGUAACCAACCCGCAAAUCCGAUCUCCUCCAAACUUUGGUCCACCUCAACCUCUCGGAAUAUAUCUGAUCUUGUUUGCAUGUCAUCCAAGAGACGCAGUUCCUAUGGAGAGGACGCGGCGGUAAACAGCCGCUAAGCUAUCAGCAGAUAUAUAUAUUUUUAAGCAGGUAGCACUGAACACAACUCAACCCGAUGCGUUGAAUACCCAUUUUCUAUUCCUUUUAAGUACAUCAAUACUAAAGAACACCGCACACCGUCUUUGCAACUCUAAUAUAUUAUUGCAGGUCCAUGCGGGUGAUAUCGUGACGACUCUGCACAGAUGCAUAUAAGGGUACACAUUUCCGUCAACGUUCGUCAGUGUGAAGGAUUCCCGAGUGAAGAUACAGGCUGUUGUGGAGCAUGGCGGAGAACAUCCUCUAACAAUUUGGGACCAGCCGAUCCUGUAAGGGAGGUGACCUAUUGAGAUUUCAACGCUCAUCCGGCCAUCUGUCUUGUAAAUCUACAUUCAGACCACCUCUGGUGAGGCGAUUACCGUUCUCAACUUUGAAGUUUGUUUUCAUUCAUAUAGUCACCAUGGCAUGACGGAUAUACUUGGGGCCCCAAGGUACGAGUGUGGGACAUUGUACCUAUGUUUACACCGACUCUGGGAAACUACGUGACAUGGCUCGCGAUGAAUCCUCAACAACUCUGAGAAUCACUAUAACGACACGGUUGCCAUGAAGAUGCGUCGCAACAAGCCUUCACCUUCCUUUUGACGAGUUAGCACCUCCGGAAGUACCGUUUGGAGCCUGCUAGGCACCGGCGGUCACUGAUGUUUGCAAUACAACUCAAGAAGUGCUCUGAAUUCUGGUACUGAUUGAUACAUAUCACCAUCCAAACCACACGGUACUUCAUACCCCGGAUCCAAAUCAUAAACUUUAAAGGUCGAUCUUCUGUUCUCUGUACACUGCCGCUGAAUGAUGUUAGAUAUCCUGAUGUCCAUAAUGACUAUGUGAAACCGAGCCCCAGGUUCCAGUAUGCUUUCCCCACUUCUUUAUCUGUUAAUCUCCCGUGUCUUCGUCCUCGGGCAGGACCUGUCAAUACCCACAGGAUGGCGGUCACCAAAUUCGUCUCGCUCCUGGAAUGAGCGAGUUCAGAUCGCCCAGGCCUUACUCGACACCAUGAUUCCUAUGUACGAUGCGACCAGUGGACGACUUAAUAAUCUUACGUACGGCCAAAAUGGACACAUGCUCUCUUCCAUUGCAUUGCAUGAUUUAGUCUCAGGAAACCAAGACAACAAUGUCAUCGUAUCGAAUUGGCUGGGUGCAAAUGCGGCUGCCCUCUCGCGAGGAUCUGGUGUCCUGAUGUCGCCAGCGAAACAUUGUACGUCGUGGGCUCUUGCGGCGAUGAACGCGUAUCGUGCAUAUGGGAGAGACCUAUUCCUCAGUACUGCGACUGCCGUUUGGAACCAGAUCAACGACGGGUGUGUCAUUACAGCAGAUGACGCGACAAAGGGAUCGCAUCCUAUCAAGACUGUCACAUUGCCGGCGCAAUGCAAUGGCACAUCAGUUGUAGGCGGCGUCUUCCUGUACGGAACAAAUCCGACGAACUUGUGGGUUAAUGUCGAUACGAUUGGGGCUUUUAUGACCCUAUCAUCACUCCUUUUGGAAGCAACGGGCAAUGGCACUUACUCGGACAGUGCCGGACAAUCAUUUCAAUUCAUUCGUUCACAUCUCUAUGAUGGCAACAUAAUACGCGACCGCAUUGACCUCGCUACAUGCACGCAGAUGGACUUGCAGUCGUCCAACUCUGGCUUUGUCAUUGAGGGGCUUAGUGUGUACGUGAAUACGACCAGCAAUGGUCCUGCGUCUGACCUCUUGAAGGACUUGAUACCUUCGGCGAUGAAGUUCGCACAGUGGACCGGGUCGGAUGGUAUUGUGUUCGAAAACGAUAAUGCAUUCGAGACUGCGAACAAAGGCACUUACAUUCGCGGGUUACAUGAAGCCUGGUCGCGAUUGGAUAAGAAUUCUGACCUAGCCAAACUCAUUCAGAGCUACGUGAUCGUUCAGUACAAUGCAUUGCUUGACCUUGCGAAAUCGCCGAACAAUAAUUUCUAUUCAAUGAGUUGGGGAGGUCCGCAAGCGACUCGGUUACUCCCGUCGGGUCAGUAUUUCGCGGCGAGUGUCCUGAAUUCUGGCCUUGCUAUGACGGAUAACAGCACAACCGGGUUCGUGAGUACAUACGAGUCUCCACUUAGCACAUCCGAACCUCCGACAAGUUCAGGCAAGCCAACCCCCACCAUGGACAUCUCGGCGGCUCGUCAUCAUAUCAGCACUGGACUGAUUGUAGGCGCAACAUUAGGGGGACUGGCACUUGUAACCAUCUUGAUUUUGAUUCCCUUGUGUCUUAUCCGUUCGGGGCGUAAAGCACGGGUACGUAGCAUUCUCGACACCCGUGGAAUGCACCCCUAUUUGGAUCGCCGUUGGUCUGCUCGGAUCGCAGAAGGAGAGGCUAUUCCAUAUCCUUUGUUGCUUUCUACAAUGGCACCGUCAGGGUCAUUACCUUUCAGAGAUAAGGCGCACCCUGUAUUGCCGCCUCCAGCUAAUCCUCCCGACCAUCAAGAAAAUAGCGAGCAAGACUCCAUUCCCGAGCUUUUGAAUCAGCUGAAUCGAGCAAUGGCCCACGGACGGUCCAUGAAUAUCGUUACGUCUGGUAGUACGGCUGGGUCAAGCAUCAGUGCUCCACCUGAAUACAAUCAUGUAGUCCUUUGACACACUCUAUGAUAGUUACUAUUUUAGAUGAAAUACAGAUUCUUGUUGAAU